AUGGUCUACGAGCUUACUUACUUCAACAUUCCAGGAAGAGCUGAAGCAAUCAAACUCAUCGCAGAGGUCGGUGGUGUUGAAUAUAAUUUCAAACCAGUGACCUUUCAAGAGUGGCCUCAAGUCAAGCAACACACAAAAUAUGGCCAAUUACCCUUCCUCAAGUCUUCUGAAAAUCAAGAUUUUGAGUUGUGUCAAUCCAUCGCUAUUGCUAGAUUCAUUGCUCGUGAGGGUAACUUGUAUCCUUCUUCAAACGUUGAUGCAUCAUUCUCCGAUGAAUAUGUGAACACCAUCAAAGAUUUGAAUGAUGCUUACUUCAAGGCAUUCUUCAGCCCAAACAAGGAUGAAGAUUUGAAAAAGUACUAUGAGGGACCCUUCGGUCAGAUUUUGAAGGCUCUAGAAAAGGAGGUCAAACCAUCAGGAUUCCUCGUUGGUGACUCACUCACUUGGGCUGAUUUGUUCUUGUUCGAUUUAUUGUCUGGCAUUGGAAAGGGACAAGAUUUGAGCGCUUAUCCAAAGCUUGCUGCUUUGAAGGAAACUGUUGCAAAGAAUCCAAAGGUCGCUCAAUACUAUGAAUCCGAUAGAAAUUUGAGAAAGUAA